GAUGAUGGCGACACUCAAAGGAAGGCUUCCGACCGACCGAUGGUGCUGUCGGCGGCGCUGGCAGUCUCUCCGGGCGAAGCCGCCAGGCUCCAUCUGAUGCUGGAUGAGGUUGUGGCCCAACGAUUCUUCGGCACGGACCUGCGGCCAUGGUGGACGCAGCACUUCAAGAACGCGACACUGGCUUUGGCUGCGGCUGAGGAGCAAGCAGAGCUUCGAAGAAGCCGGGCACAGGACUCAGACCAGAAGCUCAUGGCUGAGUUGCGGAGCCGGGGAGGUGAGAAGUACGUGCAGUUGGGAUCCCUGGUAUACCGCCAGGUCACCGGCGCCACGUCGACGGCGUGGAACCACAAAGCAGGCGAAGAGUGGCCGUUCAUGAAGGAGAUUUCGUCCGACGGAGACGUCUCAACCGUGGAUGUCAUCUUCCCCGCCUUCCCCUUCUUCCUGCAUUUGGCUCCCGAAUUCUUCCGCAAGCUGAUGCUGCCUUUGCUCGUCUACUCCGUGAACGGCACUGCGCCGUACGGUAUGGACAUCAAGUACAACUUAUCCUGGGCGCCUCACCACCUCGGCACUUGGCCCGUCUGUGCCUUGCGCGGCGACCAGCAAGAGCAGAUGCCGGUGGAGGAGAGCGGCAACAUGCUCAUUAUGAUCGCUGCCGUGUCCAAGAAGUUGGGAAACCUCGAAUGGUUGAGCAGCUACUGGUCGCUCUUGAAGACCUGGGCCGACUUCCUGGUGGCAUCGUUGCCAGACCCCGGCAACCAACUGUGCACAGACGAUUUCGAG